AUGGCAGCCCGUCGACUGAACCCCUCGUUUAUUCCUAUGGCGCGAUCCUUCCUAUCUACUCCUUCGGUCCUCGCACGACUAGGUCCUUGCUCAAAUCGAUAUGUGCACAUUCGAGCUACUCCAUCGACAACUGCUCUCGACGGGUUCUUAGACUUGUCGGAACAGACACAAUCUAUCCCAAAACUUAGCGGGGCUGGACCCUUUCCUGCUGGUAUGUUAGCUGGGGGUGCUGGGUAUCCACUUUUCGGUCGGGGUGGACUAAUUGAUUCUAUGAGAUUUUUAGAUGUAAAAUUCGAGGUCUUGGGAGCUCCAUAUUCAUUGCUGUCUGUGGCGUUACCGGCAUCCUCAGUAUUGUAUUCACGGAGAGGAACUUUGGUCGGUGUCAAUGGCAAGGCGGGGAAUGCAGUCUCAACUCUAUCAUUACUGGAACCUAUUCGACGGUCAUUUCUGCGGAUACCAUUCCUCUAUCAAAAGAUAUCCUCCACUUCCCCACUCACAUGCCUAAUAUCAACAAACUCACCCAAUACAACCUUCGGUGUCAUCGAAUUAGACGGAAAAGCCGACUGGAUGGUGACUCAGAACGAUGCGUUGCUAGCAUGGACCGGCCAUUCGAUAUCCGCAAAACCCAGCGUCAGUUCAAGAAUGAGCCUCGCCCACUGGGGAAACUCCAAGCUCACGGGUAGAGGUUUAGUCGCACUAGUUGGUCGGGGGCAAAUCUACCAAGUCACCCUAAAAGCCGGCGAGGAAUUCACCGUACACCCCGGAAGUCUUCUAGCAUAUUCUAUCAGCACAGCUUUCCGGCCAAUGCCUUAUAGGCUUCGCUCAGCGUCGAUGCGUCUUCAAGUCCCGAGACUCAAUGUCGACCGGCUACUCCCUCAGAUUGGGUUUAUUAGGGUCAUGCGUAAUUCCGAGGUGUCUAAGACUAUCACUAAAGCUUUCUUUGUCUUCAGGGCUUGGCUGAGGCGCACGAUAUGGGGUGAUAGGCUCUUUGUACGAUUCCGGGGCCCUGGGACAGUUCUUCUUCAAUCGAGAUCGGCGCGCAUUUCUGAUAUCCUACGGCCUCAUGAUGUGAGCGAAGCGGCUACUGUUGAACCGGGAGCCCUUGAACCCUUGGAGCAUGCUAGCGGAGGUGCUGUUGGGUCGGUGCCAAAACCUUCUAGCAAGCCUUUACUCCCUGCAAGUAGCUCAGCCAUGGAUCACAACGGCCUGAAAGUGGUUACAGUGAAAAAAGAUGGGAAGGUGGAGUUUGAGGACUCAGAUUUUAGGGACUUUGCAAGGAAAUAG